AUGACCUUAAUUUAUAGUACAAUGAGUGGAGAGAGAGUGGAAUUUCCACCACCCACGUGUCGCGAUCUCGCGGCACCUCUAAUCCGCUUGCGGAUCUCCACACACGUCGACGUCGUUUUCGACACUUUAUCAUUACCGUGGGAUUUUCUGAAUUCAGAAUCUUCAAUCAAGCUAAACAACAACAGUUCACCCAAACCUAAACCCCCUUUCAAGCCAGCAAAGGAUGACACCAAGCCCGUACUUCAAGAUCCUAUACUGAGAUCCGACCCAAUUGAGACGGAGGAAGCUGUGCUGCGCUUGCCUCCAUUCCCAGUCCCCUCUUCAACCUCCCCACCUGAAAUGGCCUAA